AAAACAAACAUAAAUUCUUCAUAGCUUUUGCUCCAAUUCGAUCUUUCUUCGCAUAAUGGGAAACUAUGUCUCUUCCGCACUAAGCAAAACGUCGUCGUCUUCUUCUUCAUCAUCGGCGGCGAAAGUGAUUCUCCCGGACGGUGGAGUGCGUCACAUUCACGCGCCGAUGAAAGCCGCCGAGCUUAUGAUGGAGAUUCCAAGCUUCUUCCUCGUCGACGCUAAGUCGUUAAAGAUCGGUCGGAAGUUUUGUCCGUUAGCAGCCGAUGACGACCUUCAAAUCAAAGGCUGCCACGUGUACGUAGCUUUUCCUAUGACGCGUGCCACGUCAGCUGCUAAUGCUUCGGAUUUGGCUCGGUUAUUCGUAGCUGCUAAGAAACAACGCCGCCGCGUGGGAAGUGAUCAUUCUUCCGGCGCUGUGAAACACUGUCAUAAUAACGGAAGGGUUUCGCCGGACGGGGAAGAAGAUGACGUCAAGGUGAUAUCAGCGGGAUCAAAGUUGAAUUUAGAAGAUAUUGAAGAGUUCUCGGCGGCGGAGUUUAUGCAUAGGAUCUCAGUUUCAAAAUCUAAGAAACCAAAGUUAGAAACUAUAGCUGAAGAAUCUUUGUCUUAAACAGAAAAAUGAAAUUUCAUUUUUCAA